AAUAACUAUGACUCUGACCUCUUAGGUGCUGAGAAGUGGCUGGAAUGGAGGAAAGAGAUUGAACUGCUUUCUGAUAUAGCCUACUUCAGCCUCACCACUUUGUCAGGUUAUCAAACUCUGGGUGAAGAGUAUGUUAACAUUGUUCAAGUUGACUCAACCAAAAAAAGGGUGCCUUCUUUUCUUCGACGAGCCAUCUUGAUUUCUCUUCACACUGUAGCACCCUAUUGCUUAGAAAAAGGAUUACUGCAUCUGGAACAUGAAUUGCAGACAGAAACUCAUGGGUCUAGAACCCAGCAGAGCAACCCAGCAUGCGGCUUGUUGGAUAGGACCUUAAUACGAAACUGGAUACAGAACCAAGUUGGGGAACUGCCAGAACAGCAGAAAAAAACACUACUACAAAUUGUAUAUGUUCUUAAACAAUGCAUUCCUUUGCUUCGUCGAUUACAUCUGGCAAUAUUCUAUAUAUAUGGCACUUUUUAUCACCUGUCUAAAAGGAUCACAGGAAUCACAUACCUGUAUUUUGGAGGAUUGCAAGGAGAAGAUCAGAGCAUUCGAUCAAGUUACAAGUUUCUUGGAAUAAUUUCACUCUUGCAUCUUCUUCUAACUAUUGGCGUUCAGAUGUACAGCUUCAAACAGAGGCAGAGAGCAAGGCAGGAAUGGAAACUGCACCGCAAUCUAGCUCAUCAGAAAAACGUGACUGAGGAAAAAGCUACUGGGCGCCACUCCCGCUGUACUUUGUGUUUGGAAGAACGGAGACAUGCAACAGCCACCCCCUGUGGCCACCUGUUCUGCUGGGAAUGCAUCACAGAGUGGUGUAAUACCAGAGCAGAAUGUCCACUGUGCAGAGAGAAGUUUCAUCCUCAGAAACUGAUCUACCUACGUCACUAUCAAUAGUAAAGCAAAAUCUUUUCUCUUUCAUGACAAGCACCUCAGGUCUCUUCCCUUUACAAAGUGGCCAUACAGCUUGAGUUAGUCGAAGAACAAGGUUUUAUUAUAAAACUGAUAACUGCCUGUACAAGGUGGCACUCAUUUCUGUUUUACAAAAGAAACCUAUUUCUGGCUUCAGCCCUUCUGUUUCUUGUAACAUGGUUCUUGACCGUAUUAAAAACGCCUCUUUAAAAGGGUGAUUAGGACAAAUGUAAUUCUCUUCCUUCACUUUGGGCAAUGAAAGAUAUACAUCAAAUUCUCAUUCUCUAAAUACAAGUGCGAACAGCGAGUCUUCCAGUCUUUCAUUGCAUACUUAAGGUAUUAGUAAAGUUCUAGGAUUUGUAAGACUCUCUUUUGUAACAUUACAAUGGUCCGUGCUGUAGGCUUCAGGGGGAAAAACGGUAGCUCUACACAAAUUCUUAGUUUAUCUGCAGUGGAAAAUCUGAUGAUAAAUACAUGCCAGGUACCAUUCCAUUUUCACAACAAGUUAACAAUAAAGCAGGUUUCCUUGAUUUCACAAGCUACAUUACUUCCCUUAAAUCAACAGAAGCAACAAAUGCAAGGAGCCCCUUGAAAUGCAGAUUACAGGCUAUUCUAUACACUGAUCUAUUAAUAUUCAGCUUCCAAACUCAAAGCUUUUCUAUCAUUAUUAAAUAUCAAAACUUUUCAUCAAGUAGUCCAGACAUUUAAACUGCAGCAAUGUAACAAGUGUUUCAAAAAAACCUUUAGUACCAUAUACUAAUAGCAAACUAAGGUCAAGGAUAAAACUUUUUGUUAACAGUUUGUUUUGUCUGUGUGUUUUCUACAGUCUAAUGCAAGUAGGGAGAAAGCUUGCUUUAGACAGGAGCCCCAUCUCUGCCUUAUGGCAAUAGGGACUAUUUAUUCUAAACCAGUAUUUUAAGAGUAUAAAUGAGGAGGGAUUCAGCAGCAUAACCUCGCCAAGGUUUAUUUCCAUUUAAUUCACUCAUAAAAGUAUUCAGAGCAGCAGGGAAAAAGAAGAUACUCAAAUGUUAGCAUAUCUUCUCCUCGUUAUUGCAUAAUAGAAAACAUACAACACAUUUAUAUUCUUUAAAUUCAGAUGGGGCAGGAAAUCCAGAUGAUCUGCUUUUUGUGGAUCAUAAGUUACAGUUUCAAUAAGACUUUCACUACUGGCACUGAAUUGGCACCGAACAUGCACGGGGGGUGAGGGGGAAAAUCUGACAGUAAGAGCACUUUUUUUUUUUUUUUUUAAAUGCUGCAGGGGUCCUGGUUAGCUAGUUAACAUUUAAAUACUAAACCAUUACCAUAAAGUCAAUCAAUCAAAUUGUUUAACUUUACAUCAUACAUACAAAUGUAAGGGAAAAAAAAAAAAACAACAACAGUUGCUGAUAGGCAACCAUGCCAAAAUUUCAGCAUUACUUUAUGAAAGACUGAUUUUUCAGAGAUGAAAUACCUUCCCUUUCUUGCAUGAAAAAAAACUUUCAGUACUGACCCACAUGCCUCAAACUGUCAAGGCACAAUGGAAGAAAAAAUGGUCCACAUCAGGACUCAGGUCCACAUCAGUUUUGAGUAGCUAAGGGAAUCACUGCCAGGCAUUUAACUGCAUGUAAAAACAAACGGGAAGUGAUCAGUGAAUAUGAAAUUGCUGUGAAGUUGCCCAGCCAAGUUUAUCAUGCAUUCUGUAAGAAUAAUUUUUAUCACUCAUAAGUGAUACUCAUACCAGUCAUAAGCAGUAAGUCAUAAAGUGAUAAAAAUAGACCAAAGUUUAACAAAAAGCCCUCUGACUCAUCUACCCUCUGCACGCUGAGAAUCAACUAGGGAACUACACUCUGCCUUUGUCCCAAUUUCAACUACAAUUUGUAUUUGAAAACUGUUAGUCCCACUGGAUGUGGAACAGCUAUGCCUGCCUAAGAAUGAGAAGGCAUACACCAGAAGCUCCCACUGAAGAGGGGAAAGAAAAAAGAAAAAAAAAAAAAAUCAAAGGGCAGAAGGCAUUUCUAAUUUGCAACGGCUAUUCUAACACUCCUUUGUCCAACAGGGGUCAUCCCAGUUGCUAAUAUUAAAACCGAUAAAAAUGAACAAUUUCUAUUUUUCCUCCUCGAUUCACUCCAACCAGCCUAAACACAGCUUCUCCAAGUCAGGGCUUUCAGAUUUUUAGGCAAUGAACCGCAAGCAUCCACGACUGGUAAUUUUUAUAAGGCCCCUUCUAGCUACUCUGUUUCCAUAAUUUUAAACUUUUAUGCAUAUUACUAGCUUUCAUAUUCCUAAUUAAAAAAAUAGGCCAAUGUUAACUAAAACUACCUUUCAUUUUUUCCAGGAUUACUGAAGGCUGAAUCACAGGGUUCCAAUUACAUGUAUUUUCAAAAUACAUUUUCCAAUUAGCUGUCUAUUGAAGAUGCCACUGCUCUCCAUUCAGAAUCUUCAAGGGGCUAAUCUUUUCCUAUCUUCUGCAAAUAUAAUGUGAAUGCUCCCUGAAGAGCUAAGAAAAUGUGUUACGUGAAGACAAAUUCUAAGGGCAGCCAUAACUGAAAAGGAUCUAUAAACACCACUGGAUUACUGUAGGUAUAAAAAGAUUAAUAAAGGACAAGAAAGGGGGACACUAUCUUUUAAUAAAUUUUGGAAUUAAAAAGUCACUUAAUAAAACUGCAGUUGUAUCACAUCAAAAAGUUUACAUGCAGGUCAUUUAUCUCUAUAUUUUUCCAUAGAAAAUUAAAAGCUGUGUUAAAACUUGUAAAGUUUGUCUACUAUGGCCAAUUUGGGUAUUCUCUGAAAGGGCUGCAUAAAGUCAACUUAAAUUAACCAAGAAACGCUCAUGUAUUAAAGAAAUGAGACAAAAUAUUCUCCAGCUAAUAACAAUUAAAAUAUAAUAUAUAUUUAUAAUUCCAGGUCCUCAAAAGAAGUCGUGAGAGAUUUUGAACAAAGUUUUGAGUCAUCAAGAAAGAGCCCAAUUCUAGCAUCUGCUAUGAGAUAUCAUGGUGAAACUGGCAUUAAAACCUUACACAAAUGAGUUACCUUAGAAGCCAUACAUAUAUUUUUCCCUGCUGCCAAACCCACAAUUUAACAGAUUUCUUAUUCCUAUUUAUAUAUUUUUUUUCCAUUGUAACUCAGUAAUACCAUGCAUUUAACAAACUGGCUUAAAUUCUGCAUCUAUUAAUGUCUACUAGACUUCUGUAUGAAAACAGCACGUAUCCAUGAAGCAGAAAACAGCAUCAUGUAUGCCACCUUACUUUUUUCCUCCACAUAUGUGCACAGCACUUCAGGGUCACAGUAAGCAGGAGAACUACGUAAAAAUAUCUAACUCUAAGCCAUUAGUCUCUCUCCAGUGUAAUGGCAGCUGCAAUGGACCUU